ACUCACUCACUCAAAUCUUUUUUGUUUCCUGAAGUGGACAUCUUGCUUCUUGCCAAUGAAACUGGAUUGAACAUCACAGAGAUAGAAGAGUCUUUGGUUAACCUCACAUCCAUCACUGAUUUGCUGAGGCCUGUCCUGCCUUCCAUCACUCCUCCCAUCUCUGUGGAGUCCUCAGGCUCCGCAGAGAUUCCCAGCGGAUCGUCUGGUCUGAGUAGUGAAGAUCCGUCCGGCUCGGGGCUGAGUGGAGACGGAUCGGGAAUAACGGUCACCUUCUCUUCAGGGAGUGGCAGUGUUUUAUCCGGUUUGGGCUCUGGGGGUCCUCAGGAGGCUGGAGAGGGAAUCACUGGGAUCCUCACCUUCCCCUCAGAAAUGGGAUUGGGAAUGUUCAGUGGCAGUGAGUUCCUGUCGGGAUGGGGAAGUGGCUCCGGUGUCAGUUCUGAGGAGAGCGGCUCUUCGUCUGACAGYUCCAGCAGCUCUGGGGAAAGUGGGGGGUGGUCUGGAAUGUCGUCCGGCUCCAGCUCUAGUUCCAGUGAGGAGUUGUCUGGAAUGUCGUCCGGCUCCAGCUCUAGUUCCAGUGAGGAGUUUUCCGGAUUUCCCUCAGGAUUCUUUCCCUCAGGAUUCUUUCCCUCAGGAGGCUCCAGUGGUCAUUCGGGAGAGGAGUCGGGAAGCGGAGACACUCAGGUCCUGCUGAUCGAUGGGAAACUGAUGGAGGUUUCCACCUCUCACACACACAAAGAGAAGGAGCUGGGUGGAGGGGGCCUGGAAUUCAGCGGUUCGGCCUCAGGCAGCAGCGGCUCAGGGUUCUUCCCUGAUGUGACCUUCUUGGGGUCAGGGUUUACCGACCUCACGGGGUCAGCCUCAGGGGAACAGGAGGCCUCUGGGUCUCUCCACUACGGCUCCGGAAGCGGUGAUAUCAGCGGUUCGGCCUCAGGCAGCAGUGGCUCAGGGUUCUUCGCCGAGUGUGAACUUCUUUGGGUCAGGGUUUACUGACCUCACGGGGUCAGCCUCAGGGGAACAGGAGGCCUCUGGGUCUCUCCACUACGGCUCCGGAAGCGGUGAUAUCAGCGGUUCGGCUCAGGCAGCAGUGGCUCAGGGUUCUU